UUCAAUGUGAAAAGGAGAUGAAUCUUGUCUAAAUCGGAAAAUCCACUCGCCGUUUCCCACUUUCAAAAAUUUCAAUGUCUUUCACCUCUCCCUCUAUCUCUCCGUCUCCGAAAUCCGCCAUGAAAGCACCUCUAGAGCCAACCCCAAAACCCUAGCGAAAUAGCCCCACCUAACACUGCAUGUACUAACCUUCAACUCUCUCUAUCUAUCCGAAAUGGGCUCUCUUGUUCCCUUCCUAGACCUCAACCUGCUCCCAGACCCACCCACCGCGAGCGCCACCAAGACUGCUCUGGUAACCCCCAAAAUCGAGCCCAAGCUCGAACCCUCAGAUGAGCCGCUCGAGACUCACCAACCGACGCAACAACAAUCACUACUACAACAACAGACUCCUCAAGAACCGUUCUCUUCCAGCACUACCCCCAACAUCCUUUCCAAGUCCCAGCAUACCCCUGUCACCUCCCAGCCCUCGUGCAUUUCUUCCGAGGAAGGCAACGUCUACUCUGAGUUCUGCCGAAUUUCCGAGCUCUUCCACUCCGCCUUCGCCAAGAGGUUGCAGCGUCACGGCGACGUCGACGUUUUGGAUCCCGAUUCUCGUGCAAUCGUCCCGGUCCCUCAGGAAGACAACAACAACCAGGUCUCAACCCUCGUCGUUUCUCGGAGGCGGCCCCCCCACCAGCGCUCCGCGGAGCUCGUCCGCGUCACCGAUCUUGGCAUCGAGGACCAGCGCUACUUCCGGGACGUCGUCCGGCGGACCCGAAUGAUAUUCGACUCUCUCCGCGUCUUAUCUAUGACGGAGUACGAGAAGCGCCGACUGGGCGAGCCCGGCCUCAGCCGCCGGGUACGUGGAGAUCUACGCGCCGCGUCCGUCUUGCGCGACCGCGGUAUGUGGCUCAACCGCGACAAGCGUAUCGUCGGCUCGAUACCGGGGAUAUACAUCGGCGACUUGUUUUUCUUCCGAAUGGAAUUGUGCGUAGUCGGCUUGCAUGGUCAAGCCCAAGCCGGAAUCGAUUACGUCCCCGCCAGCCAGAGCUCGAACGGCGAGCCAAUAGCAACCAGCAUAAUCGUAUCCGGUGGGUACGAGGACGAUGAGGACGCGGGGGAUGUGAUAAUCUAUACGGGUCAAGGCGGGCAGGAUAAGUUCUCGAGGCAAUGCGUGCAUCAAAAGCUAGAAGGUGGGAAUUUAGCAUUGGAGAGAAGCAUGCAUUACGGGAUCGAAGUGAGGGUUAUCAGAGGAAUUAAGUACGAGGGCGGCCUUACGAGUAAGGUUUAUGUUUACGAUGGCUUGUAUAGGAUUCUUGAUUGUUGGUUUGAUGUGGGAAAGUCCGGUUUUGGGGUUUACAAAUAUAAGCUGUUGAGAAUAGACGGGCAGGCUGAGAUGGGUAGCUCCAUUUUGAGGUUUGCUGAGAGUCUCAGGACUAGGCCGUUGGUGGCGAGGCCCGCUGGUUAUCUUAGCCUUGAUGUCUCGGCGAAGAAGGAGAAAGUGCCGGUUUUGCUCUUCAAUGACAUUGAUUCUGAUCAGGAACCUAUUUAUUAUGAAUAUCUUGUGAGGACGGUGUUCCCACCUUAUGCAUUCAAUCGGACGGGGAAUGGUACCGGAUGUGAAUGCGUUUCGAGUUGUACCGACGAUUGCUUUUGUGCUACCAAGAAUGGAGGAGAGUUUGCUUACGAUCAUAAUGGGAUUCUUUUGAGAGGGAAGCCCGUUAUUUUUGAAUGUGGUCCCUUUUGUAGGUGCCCUCCUACUUGCCGCAACCGUGUUACUCAAAAUGGAUUGAGAUAUAGGUUCGAAGUGUUUAGGUCGAGGGAGACGGGUUGGGGAGUUAGGUCCUUGGAUUUGAUACAAGCUGGCGCUUUUAUAUGUGAAUAUGCCGGGGUUGUCCUGACAAGGGAUCAAGCUCAGAUUUUGUCGAUGAAUGGUGAUACAUUGAUUUACCCAAAUCGUUUUUCGAGUAGAUGGGCAGAAUGGGAUUUAUCUCAGAUAUUUACUGAUUAUGUGCGUCCGUCAUUUCCCUCAAUUCCUCCAUUGGAUUUUGCAAUGGAUGUAUCUAGAAUGAGAAAUGUUGCUUGUUAUAUGAGCCAUAGUGAAACUCCGAAUGUGUUGGUGCAGUUUGUGCUAUAUGAUCACAAUAGCUUGAUGUUCCCUCACCUAAUGCUGUUCGCAAUGGAGAACAUCCCUCCUUUGAGGGAGCUCAGCCUUGAUUAUGGUGUGGCUGAUGAAUGGACAGGGAAACUAUCCAUCUGUAACUGAAUAAUUUUGAAGAAUUGAUGCAUUUUUUAAUGUGAUGCAGUGCUGGGUCUGGGGGACACGAUGCACUGAGAUGAGGGUGGACCUUCCGUUACAAAUUGUCACCUGGCUUUCUAAAUUUCUGGUCAUCUUUUUCCCUCAAAAUAGAUGCUGCUAGUGUGAUUUCUUGAUCAGAGUAUCAUAAAAGCUUUGACGGGAUAUCUCAUAUGUGACUGUUUUCUUGGACUGACUACGCAAUACUGGCUGUCCCCAGCCGGUGAGGAACUUUGACAGCUGGAGAUUUUGUAAGCCACAGAAACCUGCUGCCAGGCCGACAUUGACAUUUUAAGAAAUUGCUGUAAUCCCUUUUCUGGACUUUGGGGGAAAAGUCUUUCUGCAAGCUAUUUCCACGAGGCUGGUUGCAAUGUAAGUUUUAUGCUUGACUGUAUGAACCUUUUUGUACUUUUAGCUUGUACAUAUGACUCUGCAAAAUUGGCUUGUAUAGAAAUUGUAUCGUGCAUGUGCAGAUGGAGGCGGCUUUUCCUUCUCUUAUUAUUACUAUUAUUUCAUUUGUACAUCUUAGUGGAUGAAUCAGGUAGGUUUUAUAGUUAUCCGGAGGGAAGAGUUCAAUAGAGUAUGUAAUAGCCAUCCAUGAUUCAAUUGCCUUUCUUUCUUCCGGAGAAAACUGCUGCCUUUGAUGUAUAUCUGUGGUUGGGAUGCAAUUGAUUGAUUUCCCAUGUUUCCUUUA